AUGCUAUUUACAAAACAAAAACAUGGAAUAGACGCAUACUUUCAUGAAGGAAUAUUUGGUGUUCCAUUAUGUGAUGCUGCUAAAUCAGGCUCAUUUCUUUGGGAUCUUUGUGUGCCUGAUCCAGUCUAUCUAUGCUUUCUUGAGAUAUGCAAAAGAGGCCUCGGCACAGAGGGAUUGUUUCGUCUAUCGGGUGCAACAGCAGAGGUUGUAUCACUUGAAAACAAGAUCAAUAUGUGUACAGCAGAAGAAAGAAAGCUGAUUGAUUUAUCUCACUAUGACAUUCAUACACUCACCAGCCUUGUCAAAAAAUAUUUGCGUGAAUUACCUGAACCUGUUAUUCCAAAUGCAUUCCAUGAGGAACUACAAGCUAUAGACCUUGAACAACCCAAUGCUAUUCAACAAAUAUCUUCUAUUCUCAUCAAGUUACCCUUUUACAACCGACAAUUAAUACACGCUAUUCUGAUCAUGGCAGGAAAAAUUCAAGAUCACGUCAAUCGUAAUAUGAUGUCUCCAGAAGCAUUAGCCACUGUGUUUGCGCCUGUUUGUACUGGAUUUGAACAUUCGUUAAGAGACAUGAAGAUAUCCACUUCGUCUACGAUCUCAAACAGUAGCACGCAUAGCACAUUUAGAAGACAUAAAAAUAACAUUCAAGCAUCAGGUAUGAUUGACCAGCAUAUAAAGCGAAAUAAACAAUGGACAAAUAUCUGGACAUCAAUGAUUGAACAUCAUGCAUCGUUAAUUACUAUAUUGGAUAAACAACAUUAUACAUUGAUGGAACAUAACAAGAUGGGUAAUGCGACUGUAUCUGCUUUUAAUUAUCGUCGUCAGUAUCAUCAUUAUCAGAACAGAACCUUGCCUUCACCUUAUUCAACCAGCCCUUCGCCUAGUCCACCUCCUGUUCCACCUAAAGAUAUCAUUUAUCCUAUUCAUAAAGAUAAUGAUCCAAUAGAAGGUAUCCCUGUUGUCAAACCCACUAUAUAUUCAACAGAUGAAACUGCUUCCAUCAAGACAUCAGCACCUUCACUCUCAAAAAAAAGCUCUUUUUUUCUCUUACCAAAAUCAAACACACUAAGAAAGAUAUUGUCGACAAGCACACUUAGAUAA